CUUUAUGGGAUGGAGGGAGUAUAAAACUACACAUGCAGGCCUUGUAUAGCGCAUUUAGAUACCCGCCCUAUAUAUAUCUUCCCAAACUCACCCAAAGAAAAGCACACACCAUAGAAAAUAACAUAAGGGUAAAAAAGUAUUUUUAAAAACUAGCCAUAUUUGCAUCAUGGAAGGUAUCCUCAUGCAAGGGGGAGAAAUGGAUGAUAUUAUGGGUGCAGAGAGUCAUGUUGAGUUUAGGGCUGACGUAGUGGCGGCGGAUGGCAGUUGCAUGGUUGGCGGCGGCGGAGAACGCCGCGUUGACUUGAAGGCUGACGUAGCUGGUGGCAUCAUCGGCGGCGGCAGAAGGAAGCAGACGGCGGUUAAGGAGUACCCGCCGCCGAUGGAAGUGCGGCGGGAGAUGAAGCGGAGAUACACCAAGGACGGGAGGCUUGUCCUCACGGCGGAGCCCUCGGAGUUCUAUGUUCUGGACGGCUCCGACAAUCGGCUCCGCCGCCUCAACCUCCUUGGCAUCAACGACGACGGGGAAUACCCCGCUGUCGGAGAUGGCAGUAGCUCGGGGACGAUAGUGCCGAGUAUACCCCCGCCGGGUCCAAUGCCUGGCUCUUAUUUUAGCUGAACAAAAAUGUUUGUUAUUAGUUAACUCGUUAAUAAAUGGUUGGGUUGAUUAGGGGGGGGUAUUUUGGGAAUAAAUAAAUGGGCGGUGGGUGGGAUGGUCAUCGUCUUCGUGGUCGUUUUCAAUAACUGAGUUCUGUUUUU